UAACCUAUUGCCAUUCCCUUAUUCCACUUCGCGUUCAUUUCCCAAACGAGCGUGGCACCUUCUGCACGGGCUUACCUUGACGUUCAGUCGCGAGACUUCUACCAGUACGCGUAUACUUACUUUCUUUCCGCGUCUUGAGCUCCAUCAAAACACACACCAGCUCCUCAUAAGAAAUGCUAAUGGUCUCGAGCAUUACUUUGUAGACGUGAUGUCAGAGAUAUGAGCGAAACUUUUGCUUUCAGUGUAGGAUCACUAUGAUAUUAUUGUUUGUUGUUUCUGUUAAGUGAUGUGUUUAUCUUUGUGCGAUGUUCUUCCGAAGGAUUCUUAUUUUACUGGUGCUAUGGGGGCUGGAUUCUUCACAAGCUCAACAAUACAUCUUGGAUCCCAGGUUCCACUUCCAACCACAAGAUGACUACUACAACCAGAACAAGCAGAUCCAAUACCAACAAAAUUUUCCAGGAUUCUCUUCGUUUGAUCCAUACUUACCGCAAAGGGAUCUUCAAACAUCUGAUGUGCCUGCCCAUCUCCAGAAGACCCUGCCUCAAUAUAGAUUCUCCUCCAAAGAGCAGAUAUCUAAAAACGAACUUCCCUACCAUAAUACAGUUCUGUUCAGACCAGAUCAUGAGAGAUCAUCACAAAACGUAGUACCAUCCACCCAUAGACCUAAUUACUCUCAUUUUCUAUCAAAAAAUCAUCAAAUAAACCCCUCUGACACCGAAACAUUCCUAGGGCAGGUCACAUUAGACAACUCUUUCGGCAGUUUGGACAACUUCUAUAGGAACCAAGAGAACAAGCACGAGAAAACUGGAGAAGUUCAUCCAAUACCGCCCAAAAUAUUGAGGCAACAUACUAGAAUAUUAGCACCAGAUCCGGAAGAUAAACAGAAUCAACUCCAAGAAAAUAAAUAUUUCGUCAACGAAAAUGGGGAAGUUUUUUCAACAACCCUAAAUCCUUCUAGGAAUAUAUUCCCCCCAAGAAGACUAUCCACCAAAUUGGAGGUAGAAGAUGGAAAUUCGCGGGAAUAUCCACGUGACAACAUCAUUCAUUACGAUAAACCAUCUUAUCUGUCGCAGUCAGAAGAUCAGGAGUUCAACUCUGCAAAUAAUUUCGACCAAACUGAUUACGAAUAUGAAGAUAACAAAAAAUCUCCAACAACCCCAAAAACAACAAGAAGUACCACACAUAAACAAGCAGAUAUCCCCAAAGUAAAAGUUGAAGCAAAAUCGACAAAAGAAAGAAUAGAUAAAUCAUUGAAGCCAAUAAUUGAAAACAACGAUACAGUACACACGUUUAACGAACCAGUUGUGUCCGUUGUUACAACAAAGAGCGUGAUAAAUAAUACCAUAAUCGCUACAAACAUGCCAACAGCCACAACUGAAAUAACUACGCCAUCAUAUAUAGAUAAUUCAACCGAUUCUUGGGUCGUAGUAGCAUCUGUUCAAACCAGCAAGAGUAUUUCUGGAGCACACUAUCUGCCCUCUUCAAUAGUCGCUCAAGAAGAGAGGUUUACUUUAUUGAAUGAAAAAAAUCACAAGGGCAGCUCAGAGGAGGAAGCUUCUACUGAAUAUUAUACUAGCUAUGAAGAGUAUGAUGAGAGCUCCACUGAAGAAACAACAACCAUGCCUCCCAUCAAGCAUUCCACAGAGAGUUUGAUAGAUAAAUUGGAUAGAGUACAGUCUGAUCUGUCCAGUGGUCUACUAACUGGUGGUUACAAGAACGAAGACAACAACAUAGCAGUCAUUACGGAAAAUAUGACGGAUAAAAUACACAUGGCGGCUAUAACAGAGUCACCAACGGAAGCAGCACAGUUAUUCCCUUCGAUAUCCAAGAGCAAUACACCUGUCAUCAAGAAAUUUUCGUCACGGUCAAGACCACCUACCUCUAAUUUAUACCCGAAGAGAAAACCACAUCCACCGAAAAAAGCAUCCACCACGCAAAAAUCUGGCUCAAAUAAAAACGAAACAACCUUUAGUGAACCUAAAAUUAUUGUGGCCAAACCUGAUGCUUUCUUGCCUCCGGGUUAUAAGGUGUCACCAGAUAGAGAAACCAGUAGUUCUGGUCUGGUUGCAGACAUAUUGAAGAAGUUCAAAGAAAGUACGAAUUCUAAAUCUGCAGACAGUGAAUUGAACCGUGAGAACAAAUCAAUAAAUGACACAGCUUCGGAAAGUCCAAUUCAUAGAUUCGGACCAUCACAUCCAUCCUCGACACAAGCUUCAAAAACUCCUGAUAUCGAUGAAUCAAACUCUAAACCAUCUCCCAUUGAUGCCUUGUUGAAAAUAGCAAAGCCAGUAGAUAUCAACGCUUUCCUACCUCCUGGAUACAAACCCCCUGCAGAAACUACGUCUUCCAACCCAAUCGAUUCGAUAUUAACUAAAACUAAGAAGGACGAUAUAAGUGCCUUCCUUCCACCAGGGUAUAAAUCGAAAUCAAACGAAACCAAAUCUGGCUCUUCCUUAGUUGAUGAAUUAUUGAAAAAGACGAAGGUGGAUGAUAUCAGCUCUUUACUGCCACCGGGCUUCAAACUCCCAUCCACUACCACAAAGAAAACUUCCGCAGAAGGAAUCAUCAAGGAAGCAAAACAGGACGAUAUAAGCGCAUUCUUGCCUCCAGGAUACAAGGCAGCCACAACAAAGAAACCGAAUAAAAUAGAUGAGAUACUGCAAAACUCUAAAGAAGACGACGUAAGUGCUUUUCUACCGCCAGGAUACAAGUCGAAAUCAACUUCAACCACACCGAAAUCUUCAAUUGAAGACCUAUUCGAAAAUUCCAAGAAAGACGACAUAAGUGCAUUCUUACCGCCGGGUUUUAAACCAAAAUUCACAACUCGUAAACCAGCCCAGAAGGCAGGCAUUGAAAUCGAGAAUUUGCCAACAAGUCUACUACCAAGCGGGUACAAACCUCGUAAGAUGCUCGAAAAUGAAAAAAUGGUAGAGACAGAGAAGUCGAUCACACUGUCCAUGUCAACCACAACUGCCGCAACUACAACCAAAGGUGGUUUGAAAGUGGUUUUCCCUAGUAGGCCAGGUGGUAAGAGGAUAAAUCAUAAGUUAACUACGCCCAGAGCUAGAGAAGAACAAAAAGAAGUUACCCAAGCUCCAGUUCCGACAAUUCAUAAAGGAUGGCCAACAAGGGCUACUACUGAAUUCACUGGUUGGCCUACGCCUUCUACCACACCAAUAUCAAUAGAAAAACUUCUAGAGUCUGUUCAUAGAGUUUCUCCAUCAAGUGCAGAACCAGAAAAUAUAACUUUCACCACCUCAACUCAAACAACAAUUACAUCUACAACAACGACUCAAAAACCAACAACUCCUGGUGUGUGCGUUGAAGAAUGUGAUUUAGUUGGUACUAUAAAAUUAGUAGAUGGUGUUAAAUGGGUACCGGAGCUACUUGAUAGAAAUACCAAAGAAUGGCAGAUAUUGGCUAAUGAAGUUCAACUCCAGUUGGAAGACGUUUAUAGCCAAUCAGGAACACUGAAAAGUUUGUUCAAAAAUUUAAGAAUUGACGGAUUUAGUGAAGGCAGUGUUUUGGUGGAUUAUUUAGUUGAAAUGCAAAAUUCAGAUAUGCAUGUUAGCACUUCUCAAAUGAAGAAACUUUUCAAUGAAGCACUGGAAAGUACUUAUGUUAAGUCCACACCUAGAGAAGGGAAGGCGUUGAAUGAAUCGGUCAAAUAUGUGGAAAAGGCCAAAUUAGGAAAAUUCAUUAUUGAUCCAAUGUACACGGACUUCAUAGUUGUGCCAAAACAGGUAGCCCCUACAGUUGGAUAUGCUGAAGAUAAUCUGCUGUUGCCACAAUGGGCUAUUGCUGUUAUUGUUAUUGGUUUAGCUUCUCUUCUUUUCGUCAUAAUUUUUGGAGUCACGGUUCUUGUGAAUCGAUCGAAAAAUGCCAAAAAGAAAAUACCUACACCGCUCACUGAUGAUAUGCUCAAUGAAUUAAACAAAGAUCAUAUGGGAGGAUAUGACAAUUAUGGAAUAGAAGAUCCUUAUAGUGUAGAAGUAGGAUUUUGGGAUCCUAGGAGAAUGGAAGCCCACAGGGAAUACAAUAAGUUGCCAAAAAAGAGUUCUUCUGGAUCAAUACACGAUAACAGUAUGACGAACUUGUAUGAUAGCUGGAACUCCCAGAACAAUUACAACAAUUCUGCAGGAAGUUAUUACGGUCAUCAUGGAGGUCCUGGCAGUAGCCACAGAUUAUACGAUAGACGAAGAUCAUACGACACGAAUUUUUAAAGAACUGACUUACGCUUAGUUUAUUCUUAGAUGAAGAGGUUGCGAAUUUCCACAAAUCUAAGCCAACUGUAUAUAGGUACUUAAAAAUUUAGAUUUUCUAGAGAAAAGUGAAUGAUUGUAGACUAGAAUAGGAAUGACGAGCGAAUGAAUGCGUUGAUGUAAAUAAGUUUAAGUGUAUCUUAAGUAAAUGUCUGUAUUAGAUUUUAAGGCAAUGUAUUAUAAUAUAUUCAAGAUUUUGGAUAUUGUAGGAACAGAAAGUUUACUUAAGUGAAUAAUUAAAUAAAUGUGAUGUCUUCCCAACCAAUCCGUGAACGCAACCUCUUAUUUUCUAUCCACAUUGUUGUAGGAGAAAUACUCAAAUAUUUAAUUUAGGAGUCAAAUUUAUACAUGUACAUUAUUGAAUAGCUACUGAGGAUUAAACUAUUUUACGAUAAA